CUCUUGUGUUGCUUGCUAAUUUCCUCCCCACUACCCCCUACCCUCCACGAGCCAUGGAGCCCCCGCCACCAUCAACACUGCAAACGACCACCUCGAUACCGACCACGCUUCUCAACAAAUACGAAUUAGGCCGAAUACUAGGCCGUGGUAGCUUUGCAAAAGUCUAUGCAGCCCGCUCUUUAUCCGACAAGACACAGCUGGCCGCGAUCAAGAUCAUAGACAAAACAAAAACCGAUGCUGCCAUGGAACCUCGUAUCAUCUCCGAGAUUUCAGCCAUGCACCGCCUGCAACACCACCCAACCAUUCUCAAAAUUCACGAAGUUAUGGCAACAAAAACCAAAAUCUACCUCGUCAUGGAACUUGCCUCAGGAGGUGAUCUGUACUCUAAGAUCCGCAAGAUUGGGAAACUCAAAGAAUCAGCCGCACGUCGUUACUUUCAACAACUUGUGUCUGCCCUCCACUUCUGCCACCAAAAUGGUGUCUCUCACCGCGAUAUUAAGCCUCAUAAUUUACUCCUUGACGGUAAAGGUAAUUUAAAAAUAUCUGAUUUUGGACUCUCAGCUUUGAAGAAUGGUGGUGGUGACGGUGUGUUUUUGCUUCAGACUGCUUGUGGGACUCCAGCUUUCACGGCACCGGAAGUUAUGUCGCGGCAGGGUUACGACGGAGCUAAAGCGGAUGCUUGGUCUUGUGGAGUCAUUUUGUUCUUUUUAUUGUCGGCUUGUUUGCCAUUUGAUGACAGUAAUCUUGCAUUCUUGUAUAAGAGAGCUCAUAAAGGAGAAUAUCAAGUGCCCUCUUGUAUAUCAAAGCCGGUUAAAUCGAUUAUAAACCAGCUUCUAGACCCAAAUCCUAAUACAAGAAUGAGCAUGGAAGCUUUAAUGAAGCAUUCUUGGUUUUUGAAGAAGUUUGAAUUGCCAACUCAAAGUAGUGUGUUCGAGAUGGAUUAUAAAAAAUAUUGUAAAUUUGAUCAAAAGAGUGCGGUUGCUAGCAUUACCGCGUUUGAUAUAAUAUCUCUAUUUUCAGGGUUGGAUUUGUCACGGUUAUUUGAGGUUAAGAAUCGGAAAGAAAGAAGAUUUACAUCAAGCGAAACGGUGGAAAGAGUUACUGAGAGAGUGAGAGAGGUUGGAGGGAGAUUGGGGUAUAGGGUAGUGGAAGGAAAGGGUGGGAGUGCUAUUGGGUUGGGGAAAGGGAAGGUGGGAGUGUUGUUUGAGGUGUUCGAAAUAGCGGAGAAGCUGUUGGUGGUGGAAGUUAAGGUGGUGGAGGGUGGUGAGGUGGAAUUUGAGGAGGUUCAUUGGGGAGAACUGAAAGAUGAGCUCGAGGACGUUGUGCUUCAAUGGCAUAAUGAUGUCAUGUGAAGAGAGGUUCAUGUUGUCCUUCAAUGGAUCAGUUUGAGGAGGUUCGAGGAUGUUAGUAACAAAGUUAGCCUAAUUACUUGUUCUCGGAUGGAUGCGUAUAUGGUUACUGUUCUAAUCGGGGAUGGAUAACCUGAGUUGAUCUUUGUUCAUGAAAGAAUGUGUUCAGUUGUAGUAUAUUUUUCACUAUUUACUUGUGUUAGCUUGGUUUGUGAUCUUAACCUCUUGGUUUAAGCUAGUUAACUUGUAAAGGUGAUAAUCUCACUCAAGUUGGAAUAAUUAAAUUCUCUUUGUUUGCCUUGUUA